UGCCAACGCAAAUCUUUUUACGUCAACAAUAAACUAACAACUCUCAUCGCAACGAACUAAUUAAUAUCUGGCACUGUAGGUUCAAAGAAAAACCCACGAGCGGGGCGAAGGGGAAUAAAAUAUACUUGAACACCCCAGUUGGAAAGAGUUGACAUAUUCCUGUUGAAGCCUGCCAGCUCUUCACCUUAACCUAAAUCCCUGCCAUAUUUUAAAGAAAAAAAAGAAAAGAAAAGACUUUUGUAUGGAUUUUUUAUUUUUGUUAAAUUUUAUAACGGUGUUUCGACAACUGGUAAACUUGUUAAAAUUAUUAUCCAGAGUAUAAAUCGUAAUGACGUUUGAGCCAUUUUGCUUUCUAUAUUAAGAAAUAAAGAAUAAGGAAUCCAAGUUACUUCAGUGUCGUUGUUGGAUGAUGAAACUGGAAUUCAAUAGUUUAUCACCCAACUCGCACAUUGGCAAUUUAAAUAACAAGAUGACAGAAAUUUCCUCAGCUGAAAGCCAACAACAGACAUUAUGUUCUACUACUGCCAAAAAUGGAGUAAUAUUUUCACCUGUCAUUCUAGUUCCAAGUCCAAGCCAUCUAGUAAAAUCUCCUUUGGGAGCUGGUAUUCAGUAUGUAGUCACAAGCAAUCCUGAUGAUGUCCUGGAAUUUAAAACAGAGAAUGAAUCAACAAUGAUGAAAGAUUCACAGUCUUAUACAGAUGUUAAACAUCACAGUACUCAUAUUUUUCAAACUCCAGAUGAGGCUCUGGAACUUGAUGACCAUAUGGUUUCUGUUCGAGAGAUUACUAAAGCAUCAAGUCCUACAGAAUUGUUUGCAAUACAGGAAAGUAAUAACAUGCAUCCAGAUUUAAAAAAAGAUGUCAGUUUAUCUAGAUUUCAUAUUUCCAUUGAAAAAACAAUUAAUUUAAGAAAAGAUCAAAGCAUAAAUGUUAAUUUAGAACGAUUGUGUGAUUCUCCUUUCUUACAUAGUAAUAGUUUCCCAUGCGUUUCUGGAAAUGUAUCAACAGGUGUUGUUGGUGGAGAGUCGGAGAAGUGCCAAGGCUUAGGACACAUAUCAGAAGAAGGAGAACAGUAUUUGGUCUCCUCGCUUUCAGAUCAUACUGUUUCUCUCUGUUCUAGAUCUAAAGUGUUAGAUUUAAGUAGGACUUUCUCUAAUGAACAAUCUCUUAAAGUUACAAAAGAAUAUGAAAAUGAAACAAGUAAAGAAUUUUCUCAUGAUGACAACACAUUGGAGAGAAAAAGUUAUGACUGCUUAAAGUUGUUUGAUACCAAUACUACAAAGGAAGAUCUAAUGGUAGCCAGUUCUGAAAAAGAACAUUAUCAUCACGUUGAAUCUGAAAAUAAUGAGAUAGAUCAGAGCACAGUCAUGCCUAUAUGUAAGAUUAUAGAAGUAGAGAAUCAAAAUGCAGUUGAGUCAGUGGAGAAAGUCACCAGUAGUGGAAACGCUAAUGUACGAAUGAAUUCUACUUCUGUAUCAGAAGUUACUCUUCCUUUCAAUAUUAUUGGAAGUAGCUUGUUUCCUCUUCUUCCAACUGAAGCUGUAUUAUUACAUAAUUUUGCAGUCAUUCCUGAAACAGCAACUAGUUUUGAACUUGAGAUUAAGAGUGAUGAAGAAAUUUUGAAGAAGUUUCAUAUGAAUCCAAAGCUAAGGUCCAGUACAUUAGAGAUGGUACAUGAAUGUAGCCCUCAACAAGACUCUGUGAAAAGUUUUGAGAAUUCUCCUAGUCUGAAAUCAACCAGCAUCAAUGACGAUACUUCUGUGGGUUCAGAGCGACCAUUUCAAUGUGAACUUUGCAGUGCAUCAUUCAGCCGAAUGGGAAAUUAUACACGCCACAAGAAGAUUCACGCUGUCCCUACUAAGAAGGAUCACAGGUUUCAUUGCAGUGUGUGUGAAAAGAGUUUUAUCCAAAAAUGUGACCUCACUCGCCAUAUGCACAUUCACAGUGGCACAGAACCCCACCGCUGUAGUCAGUGUGGAAAGGGUUACAUUCGGCACAGUGAUCUUGUAACUCACCAGAGAUUCCACAAUAAAGAAAAACCAUUUAUCUGCUCUCAUUGUCAUAAAGGUUUUUCGCAACGAGGUGACUUAAAUCGUCAUCUUCGGUCAAUUCAUCUUCAAACUAAGCCUCUUACCUGCGGCCAUUGUAAUCGGAAGUUUGUUAAAGAAGCCACACUGAUUCGUCACAUGCAGAUUACUCACAGAUGCCUUAUCCUGGAGUCAAUAAAGGAUAGGACUGCAGAAGAGGAUAAUGCUGCAAUUAACCAAUCUUGUUCUGGACUGAAAGUAAACAUACCUAACAUUGAACAGCCACUGCAACAGGGACCUCAGUGCAUAGAAAAAAUCACUGUUUCAUUAUGUAGUUGACAAUAGAAUGUAUUGAUAAAUUGUAACUGGUGAAAUGUAUUGCUAGAACACUGUACAAGAGUGUACUUAUUUUAUAUUUUGUAAGUAAGGAAUUAUUACAACAUUCAACAAAAAAAUGUUUGAAAUUCUAAUAUAAAACUUGGUUAAUUAAUCGGAUAUUUAACUGCUAACAUUUUUAAGUGUUCAAAUUUGUGUUUCAGCCUAGUCAUGAAUUAGAAUAUACAUUGUAGUGUGAGCUUAAACAGUCUUGUCAGCAGUAUGGGCUCAAUGAAGGUAAUAACAUUAUUGAAAUUAGGGUUACCACAGUUGUUUUUUCACAUUUCCUUUAGUUUUUCUACGAUAAACAUAAAUGUUAGACCUCUCGGCUUCUGACACUUAACCGGUUUUUGGAAUUUAAACCAUAACUUUUAAUAAUAAGAUUUUUUUUUACUAUAGAAUGCCUAUCAGCAGAGGGAUAUUGUAGAAUUUGUUGAUCCAGGCUUGUGGCCUAGUUACACCAGUUUUUACCCAACUGAAUUGUCUUUAAACUUUUAUGGAAUUGUUAAAAUAAAAUACUGUUACGUGAAAUUAAAAUUAGUUUUGCAAUUCAAAAAUAUUAGGAUAUGAAAACAUGACACAGAUUAUUUAUACAUGAAAAUAGGAUAGAUAUAUACCAUUCAAUACAUGAAAUAAUUAAUUAUGACAAAGCUACAGUUAAUAUUGGAGAAGAAUAAUGCUGUUGCUAGUAGCAGUCUCAAAUGUAUUAGUGUGUGUGUAUGGAGAGAAACCAUUUGUUAGUGCCCUCAAAAGUUGAGGCAGAGGCCUAGAUUGCCUGUCAGUCCCAGUGGUAUUAUAUCCAGCAACUUUGAACUCUGACAGGUAGGGUACAGAUCAUGCCACAUUACUCAGGAAAUACCCCUGCAGGUGCUACCACCACAUUUUCACUUCUUGUAUUAUUAUUCCCUUAUGUCCUGGUGUGAUGUGUUUUAUUGGCAGUGAUGCCCUGACCUUAAUCAAAAAUGCAAAAGCCAUAUAAUUUUUUUUUGCUCAAAGGGAAUGAGGUUGUUAUGGGCAAAUGGGCCAGGUAGAUAAGGUUCUUUUCUUAAAGGAAUCAUGGGCUGAUGAAAGAAGUGGAGCAAGUAUGGACAAGAAAUGGCAUGCAGAGCAGGAACAACAAACCUUAGAUAAAAUAGUCAGUUGGUGAGAAUCAUCCCAUAGCAGUGAUGAUGCGGUUAGUGGAUACAAUACCAGUAACAGUGAUAAGGAUAGAGGAGAAUCAUCAUCUUCUAAACCUUAAAAUGGGGCAAGAAGAAAUAUUAUUCCCAAUUUUGUGGCAGCUAGAAUAAAGGUCAAACAAGAAUCUUCUGUAUUUGGCAUGCUGGCAUCAAAUCCUAAAACCUGUCCUGGCAUGUGUUUUCAAAGACUGUAUGAAACUUUCCUCUGAACCAGAUAUUGUACUUUUUUUCACCAGUCCAGUUAUGAACUGCAGCUGAUCAUGAUGAAGUAGCAGAAGCCAUAGAGGAAGUUAAGGUCAGUGUCAUUGAGUUUGGUACAAGCCAAUCUGGAGACAAGUAUCAAGAGCUUCUUGAACUAACCAUAACUUUUCUUGAAGUGCAAUUUAUAGCAGCUGGAGUCAUGUAUGAUGGAUGGCCAAGGCAUUAAAUGUCCUCACGAUAUUGAUGGGUAUGGGACAGUUUAAGCUCAUUGGCUAUGAAGACAGAGAACUCUGUGACAUCUGCAUCUUUAUUGUUUCAGAGUAUUUUAGGGCUUGAUUCACUGCUCCUUGCAAUGAUCUUAACUUCCUACAAUGUCUUUUUGAGUAUAAGAAGGUGAAUUCUGCUUAUUUAAAAUCUGCCUGUCAGAAAUUUGCUGGACAUGUAUGGUAUCUCAAUAAAGAACUCAUUGACUCUGCAAUGAUAAAUGCACUAAAUGAGAAGAAAGGCAUGGAUAAACUCCAGAGUGCAUUUAACUGAAUAUUGGGAAGCCUGAGGACAUGUUAGUUGAAAACUUUGUCACAAAGAAUACAACAGACUUUUUCAGGUGCCUCAAAGUUCCAUCUGAUUUGUGGAUUAUGACCCCAAUUCACGAGAGCUCAGAGAGGACUACAGGGAGGCCCGACAGACAGUUCAACUCUUGAAUGUGGUAAAUGACAAUGCUGAAGGGGAUGCGACCUUUAUUGAGGAGUAUAAUGCCAUCAUAACAAAGAAAGAAGAACAGAUACAAUUCCUCCUUCAAGUUUUGCAGGAUCAUAGAAGGUGUUUUCCUAAUAUCAAAAAGAAAACAAUAACAAUGAAAAAGUGACUAACCACACCAAAAUAAUAUAAAAACCAUAAAUUUCUGUAAUUAUAUUAUAUAUGUACAUGCAAAAAAAUAAUAAUAUACUUUAAAUAAAUCAUUUGUAAUACAUAACUAAUAUGUUUUUUACAUUACAUAGUACAUACAGUACCAGGUCACUAUAGACUAGAAUCUCAUCCUCAUUGAGCAGCCUCUAAAUUUAUAAUCUGAAAUUUUACUUGCUAAUAAGGAUUACCCUGAUUUAGGUUAUUUGAUAUACACAUCUUUCUGUCUUGUAGCAUAGUUUGACAUCACAUGAAAAUUUACCACAAAAUUUCCAAAAUCAAGUUUUAUUCAAGAGUUUUUUGUGCAAUGUUAACUUUCUAUUUAUCAAACGAUGCACCUGACAUAUCAGGCUGUUUGACUUGAGGUUUUAAAAGAGAAACCUAACUUGAUUACAGUUCAAGUUUUUGAUGGUUGUGCAAUUCCCUAACCAAAUUUUAUUUUAAAUUGCAGUUGCAAAAAAUGCCGUAUGUAUUUGGCAUCUUGGUUGAUUGUUUAUUGUAGAUGUUUAUUUAAUUACUGCUCUGCGAGUCUGGAAUAUAAAAUUGUGUGUAAUAAGAAAUAAUUAGUCUGUUUACAAUGAUUUUUUUUAAGAGCAAUUAUAACUUUAUGUUUUAUAUAAACAAAUUAAUUCUCUGACUAUAUUAACCUUUAAAGUUCCUUUAACCUAGUCAAAAAUCACAAGCAAAUAAGUCCUAAACGUUUGGUUUAAAGACUAUUUAAAAGUAUUAUUCACUUGCUUUAAGUUUUUCAUCAUAUAGUGUAUAAAGUUAUAUAAAUUGUUGGUAUUUUGUCAUGAUGUGCAAGAAGAAACAACUUUUUUUUGUAAUUAUGUGAGCAAUGUGUACCAGGUCAAAUUAAAAUAAGUGUCCAUAAAUGUUGUAUUUGUCUUGUAAUAGAGAUCCAAGGUGUUCAAUGACUUCUGACAGCAUGAGUAAAAUGAAUAGCUGUUAAUGUUUUAGUCUUUUAGGCUCAAAAGAACUAUGGCUGUCUUUGCCAAUUU